CGCGCGCGCGCGCUUCACUCAACACGCGCGCGCGCACACACCAGUACGCCACACUCUUCUUCACUCCCGAACGUGUUCUUCUUCUUUUUUUUUUCCUUCAUUCUUGAUUCUUUCACUGAUUAUAAUUAAAUCGUUUGUUAGUCGUACGCUUUUUUUUUUCUUUUUUUUUUUCCCGUCCGAUUAUAAUAUUUAUUUAUACAUUUUUUUUUUACACACACAUUCACAUACAUAUACACGCGCAAAUCAUUUCGUCGUGUACGCCCGCCGCCGGAUUAGCCACAAUAUAGGACAUAUUUAAGAACAUUAGGCAUACCUAUAAUAUUGUUGAUUUAUUAUUUUCGAUUAUCGUUUCGCGUUGCAUUGUGCACGCUGAAGCAAAACUUUUAGCUCCUUUGCAGUUUGCACGAACGGCGACCGACAAACAUAGGUAUUAGUUGCACUAUAAUAUUGAACUACUACUACUUCGUGUCCGAAAGACGACACACGCUCUACAACCAGCUUCUUCUACUAUCACUAUCAUCGCUAUCGGUUUUCGCCGUCGCUUCAGGAUUUUAAUUGGUGAACUGCUGCAACCUGUGACGAGAUGAUCGACACCAACGGUAAGAGACCAAUGCUAUCCGAUCGUUUUGUAUAAACACUUCCGAAGUCCGAUCGUGUACUACAGCUAACCAAAGCGACUUAAAAGAGUCAGAGAUCAUUAAAAGACCUUUCCACGCUAAACAUAAUAUUAUAAAAGUAACAUAUACCAGUAUUGAAGAAAGAUAUCAACACUUGGAACUGUCUACUCUGCAUCAACAAACAUUUAAAUAUAACAACCACAACGUGGCGGAUAAACGUGUUGGAUUGACCAUGGUGCCAAACCGAAUAUUUGUCGGUGGUUUAUCCAAUGGCACUUCAGAACAAGAUUUGCGAAAUUUCUUUUCGAUAUAUGGCGAGGUUAAAGUUGUGAAAAUUGUCAAAGAUAAAGCUGGGGCUCUCAAAGGUUAUGGUUUUAUUACUUUUAAUUCUGAAGAAGAAGUAAAAAAAAUAAUUGAUGCUGGUCCCGUUUUGAUAUUUAAAGACAAACGUAUCAACAUAGCUCCUGCUUAUGAGAAAGAUAACAAAAGUAAUUAUGAUUCCAACAAUUCUCCUCAACAGCCAUCACACUUAAUGUCAUAUAGUAGUCAAGUUCAACAAUAUUCAGUUCCUCCAUUACCAACUCCAGCUCAACCAAUGUUAGCACCAGUUAUGUACACUUAUCAAAAUGGAAUGGCUUUUUUUAAUAUGCCAAUUAAUGGAAAUACUUCAGUAACUCCUCAACCCCCAGGUCCACAAAACUCAUCUUCAACAGAAUCCCUUCCUAAUGUAUAUGCAGCUCCUUAUGGAACACAAAGUGCUACUAGUAUGCAAGGCUAUAGUGGCCAACCUAUAUUCUAUCCAAAUCCAGUACCUCAAGUACUGGUACAACAAGCUUACCCUAAUUUACCAGUGAGCUCAGUUUGCAACAAUACUCAAGGAUCAAAGGUUCUUUUUUCUGUACCUUGUGAUACACCAUAUUAUUCGGGAACUCAAAUGUCAAGUAUGAUACCUACUCCUGAUAUGGCCUAUCCAAUGCCAAUCAUGUCACCAUAUAUGCCUUAUAUGGUCGCAACUUCUGAUGGUGGUUACCCGUAUUAUGAUCCAGUUAUGGAAAAUAUUCAGGUUGUUCAUCAACCAAUAUUUACUGAACAGUGUACAAAUCCUAGGCCACCAUCAUCAGAUACUUCGGUAGGACAAGCGCAAGUAAUUACCACUAAUCAGUUUGUAUCACUGAUGUCAGUAGUUAGAAAUGAUGAGGAAAAACCUCAGACCUAUACACCUGAACCUCAGCAGUUAUGCCUAAAUCCGGUCAUAAGUUUAGCAGAGCCUCCACCACAAACAGUCUCUCAACCAAUUGUUUCUAAGCCGCCCACCAUAUCGUCUACACCGGAUCCUGAAAAAUCUGACCAAUCUCCUAAUCAAUUACUUAUGACUCAAAUCCAGUAUAAUAUUAGACACCCCCCACCUUCUAUAAAUAUACGCCCAGAACAAAAGGACUGUGCAAAACAACGUGGUGACACUCAUCAAUAUCAGAGCAACAACAAUAAUUUAUCUAUUAAGAAUAAUAAUGAUUACAUGAAAAAUGGACCUAAAAAGUAUCUGGAGGCUCGCACAUUUUAUAAAACUGGGCCAACUACUAUAUCUCAUCCCAGACAUACUAAUACUACUGGUCCUAUGGUCAAUUCAUCUUUUACUAGCCCAUUUUUUGUUCCUAAUACAAAUUUCCGUCACCGAUUUCCUAAAAUGCACUAUCCUGCUGUUCCUCAGGUGAUGUUAAAUCCAAAUUAUCCUUAUCACAAUCAGGGAAAUGUACGUCCUUCUAAUGGCCAUCAGAUGUUCAACAACAGAGGAGCCAGGUAUGGUGGCAACAACUACCAAAACAACAAGAAAAACUAUAAUUCUUACAAGGGAAACAGAAUCAAUCGAUAUACAUCUGACCAAGGUGAUAAUCCUGAAGUUUCAAGCAGUGAAGAUAGUCGUACAGACCAGCUAACCAGUGUUGAUAUGGGCCCCCCUCAGGUAGAAGGCAUGUGUUCGGACAUGAGGUCAAUGGCCAUUUAAAAAUAAAAACAAAGAAUUUCCGCUUUCUUAAUGAUCAAAGGUUAAUAGCUCCAACAAGACUGGCCAGCACCUAAAAUUUUUGAUUUUUUAUAGUAUUAUUUAACUUAAUUCCCCUCCUCAAAAUCCAGAAAAUGGCUACUAUCUUGGUCUAUAAAAAAAAUAUAUUUAUAUUUAUAUUUAUACUUGCAAAA